CACCAACUGUGGCAUCAUUGCAUUGUCUAAAUAAUGGAUUAAUUUGUUUAUUCUUUUUACAAUGUCUCAAUCCCCCGCAGAAACCUCAAAGGACCCAGCUUUUUUACAAAAACAAUUAGAAAUUGCCCGCAGAGAGAUCCACAACUUAAGACAGCAGAUAAUUUCUCUGAAUCAUGUUCACAAAAAAGAAUGCGACAGUAUUUAUCAAAAAUUAAAGGACUGGCAAUGUUUAACAUGCAGAGCCCGACAAAGUACACAUGUCACUACUGACUCGAAUGAUGAAUCUCAAUAUGAUUUCAAAUACAACUACAUAGGACACAUAAUAACGCAGUUCCCUGAGAAACGGGGCACGCCGAGACAGCCUGGAAUAUGUCCUGAUAUGGUUGCCAAAUUGGUUUUAAACAAUGAAGUUUUUACUAAUCCCAAACAUGCCCUGGAAGGUCUUCAAGAAUUCUCACAUAUGUGGAUUCUAUUUCAUUUUCACUGUAAUGAUUCGAAUCAUGUUAGAGCAAAAGUAGCCCCACCCCGACUUAAUGGAAUAAGAACAGGAGUGUUUGCUACCAGAUCACCUCACAGACCAUGUCCAAUUGGACUGUCUUUGGUUAAAAUUGACAGAGUAAUGGAGAAUGUGAUAUAUUUCAGUGGUGUAGAUAUGAUAAAUGAAACUCCAGUAUUGGAUAUUAAACCAUAUAUUCCACAGUAUGAUAAUCCAGGUUUAACAAAUAUGCAUCUACCUGAAACUAAUGAAAGUGAAGAUAGUCAGUCUGAGUCUACAACAGACAAUACAGAUAAUUUCAUUGAGGUAGACACUAGAAAUGUUCCCAGUACAAGCAAUUUUUCAGAUGUUGUAACAGGUGUAGAUGCUUUAAAUAUAAAUGGUAGAGUGCUUGAUGGUGAAGAAAAUGAACAAACAGAUGCAAUAAUGAAUUUAAAUAUUAGUGAACCUUUCUUUACAAGGUCAACUUCUAGGAUUGGUGAAAGGGAAGCUCCAGAUGGUGAAGAAGAAGAAAAUCCAAGAACAAUUCCAAUAAAUUCCACUGUACCAAUUCCAAACACUCCAGAUGGAGAAGUAAGAGUAGCUUCUUGGGUUAAUCAAGCCCCUGUGUCUAGAUUAAAUGUCAUGUUUAAAGAGAGGGCAUUGUAUCAGUUGUCCCAACUGGGAUCAGAGGGUGAAGAGAAAAAGACUACAAUAACAAAUGUAUUGAGGGAAGAUCCUAGGUCAAUCUAUUUGAGGGAACGCUGGGGUAGUCACUGUUAUGUGUUUAGAAUAGCAGAUCUUUGCGUUUCUUGCAAAUUCAAUGACACAAAUCACUCUGUUACUGUUUAUCAAGUUUUUGAAAAUGAAGCCCCGAAUAAUGAUUAAGCCAACCUAUCUAAAUUAUUUGUUCUUAAUAUUGUUGUUCAUACUAUGUAUGAAGCUGCUUUUUAUAUUUCUCAUUAGAGUGCAAUAAACAUUUAUUGUAGAAAUUUUCUCGUAAAAAUAAAUGUUCAGACGUAA